ACGUCACUCAAAUGUCAGUGUCACAAUAGUUAUCUUAUCUGUCGUCCCAACUGAGCGCAAACAAAUUAUAUUAUUUAUCAUAUUAAUGUUAUGUAUGUGUGUGACAGUGAAUGGAUACUUGAAAAACUAUUCUAAAUAUAUAUUUCUCUUAAAGGAUUUUUCAUUUUGUCAAUCAAUUGAAGGAUUUGUAGAAUAUUUUAUCGAUGACUAUGUCGACAUUUGAUAAAUUACCUAUUAUCUUAGUGAGUGCAAUAAAUGAAACUGUCGCUACAGCGCUUAUGUCUGAUCUUAUCGACAAUGAUGUCACAGCUGAUUACCUCAAAGAUAAAGAAUCGCUUGAUCGUGUUUGGAGACUAGUAAACAAAUAUUACACAGCAAAUGUACGAGUUCAUCCAUUGUCUGACCAAGGCCAGUUGCAGGUAGACCCUAGCAAUGUGGAGGCCCAUGUGAUACAUCUCACUGAGGAAGAGGCGUCGUCUGCGGCGACGGCGCUGGCGGCGGCGUCGGCGCGCGCGGUGGGGCCGUGGCGCCGCGCCGCCGUGCGCCUGCUGCUGCCCGACGCGGCGCGGGCCGGCGCGCUGGCGGGCUGGGCGGCGGCGCAGCGAGCCGCGCUGCUGCCGCGCCGCGAGCCCUCCGCGCGGGACGAGGCGCGCGCCGCGCUGCACGCGCACACGUGGCGCGGCCUGCAGCGCACCGACCGCGCCGCGCCGCCCUCUGUCGCAGAGAGCGCGUCCACGGACGGCUCGGACACGGAGUCGGACGCGGAGUCGGACGCCGUCGACUGGGACUCGGACGCCGAGGAGCUGCGCGCCGUCGAGCAGGCCGAGGCCUUCGCGGCCGCGCUGGGCGCGCUGGGGCCCGCGCUGGGCGAGCGGCCCGGGCUGCUGGUGGGCGCGGGGCCCGGGGCGGGGCCCGGCGCGGGGCCCGGCGGGGUGCCCGAGGGGCCGGAGCGGCGCGAGCGCGCGGAGGCGCUGGUGCAGGCGUUCUGCCGCGCGCUGGGGCUGGACCUCGACAAGUGCUGACUUCGCGCGACACGCCGUGCCUGAUGUUUACGCUGUUUUAUUAUAAGGCCCACUGUUUUGUUAUAAGUUUGUUAUAAUAGUUGUUCAGUGCGGUCGGUGUCGACGCCUAGUAAGGCCCAAGUUCACCGACAACAUAAACGUAUGUUUUUCCUUAAAUACCUGUUAACUUAAAAAAAAAAAGUGAAAAAUCAUAGUUAUUUAGUUCCUAAAUAAAAUACUAUGAAUUUUCACGUUUAAUUAACUACUAGAUACUAGUAGUUUAUUUUAUCAGUGAGGUCUAAUGUCGCAAAUUCGGAACAGCGGGGCUAGGAGCGGAGCGUUUGAGCGUUGCGUGUAGCGUGCGGCGUGGCGUCGAGACUGAGCGGUCGCGGGUCGUGCAGGGGCCCGAUUCUCCUAAUUUUACUUAAGCAACAUACGAUUCACGUUCGACUGCGAUCCAAUCCCGACUCGAUUACGAUUGAAACGUAUGUGGCAUUCCGCUAUUUUUUCUUUGAAAUAAAC